UUUCGCUCAAGUCGAGGAAGACGGCGCCAGUUCGCACCACUCGCUCCGUCCAUACUAUGAACACGAUGUCUCGCGGUGGAUUACUCGUGAUUUCUGGCAACUCGCACCCGGAGCUGUCUCGACUCGUUGCCGCACGACUGGGUGUUGAAUUGGGAAAUGUAGAUGUCUAUCUACAGGACAACAAAGAAACCAACGUUGACAUCAAUGAAUCUGUUCGAGGCAAAGACGUCUUCGUCAUACAGACAGGAGCCAAGGAUGUCAACAAUGCCAUCAUGGAGAUGCUGAUCAUGACCUACGCCUGCAAGACGUCCAGCGCUAACUCCAUCGUUGGGGUCAUCCCGUACCUGCCUUACAGCAAGCAGAGCCAGAUGAGGAAACGUGGCUCCAUUGUGGCUAAGCUGUUGGCAACUAUGCUGUGCAAAUCAGGCAUGGACCACAUCAUCACCAUGGACUUGCAUCAUAAGGAGAUCCAGGGUUUCUUUGAUGUGCCAGUGGACAAUCUCCGAGCCUCGCCUUUCCUCUUACAGUAUAUCCAAGAACACAUACCAGACUGGCGAAAUGCGGUCAUCGUCGCCAGGAACCCCAGCUCAGCACAGAGAGCCACAUCCUUUGCUGAACGGCUACGGCUCGGGCUAGCCGUCAUCCACGGAGAGCAGAAAGUCCCAGAGCAAGACAAGAUUGACGGAAGACACUCCCCGCCCACUGUCCGAACGUUCUCCGGUCACAGCUUAGACAUGCUACCUUUAUUCACACCCAAAGAGAAGCCCCCUAUUGAUGUUGUUGGGGACGUAGGAGGUCGCAUUGCCAUCAUUGUGGAUGACAUGAUUGACGAAGCUGAAUCCUUCGUAGCAGCCGCUGACGUCCUUAAAGAGAGAGGUGCCUACAAGAUCUAUGUCAUGGCCACCCACGGCCUGCUGUCCGCUGACGCCCCUAAGAAGAUAGAAGAGUCAUGCAUUGAUGAGGUGAUCAUUACCAACACGUUGCCCCAUGACCUGCAGCGCUUCCAGUGCACCAAGGUGCGCUCAGUGGACAUCAGUCUGGUCAUUGCCGAGUCCAUACGCCGCAUCCACUACGGCGAGUCCAUGUCUUAUCUCUUCAGGAAUGUCCCCUACGAGGAUUAGCCAAGAGUCUUGUCACAACUUUUCCUUUACAUUUUUUCAGGGGCAAAGAUGAUGUUACGCCCCAACUAUGACAGUAAAUGGCAAAACGUAAUAUGGAAUCCCCAAAAUAUGAAACUGGUUUCUUGAUCAUCCCUUUUCCCUUGGCAAAGUUUUUAUGAAUUCAACUUGUUUUAUUCUGAUUAUACCAACUUAAGUUGGGACUGUCCCAACUAUUAAAGUGUUCCAGUUGGGCCGGCCCAACUAGACUUGUCAUGGACCCAGCAUGGUUUUAAUGUCAAAAUGCAUCCAAAACAUGUCUAUUCGCUUAUUCAUCCAUGUUGCAAAUGUAACUAAAUACAAGUUAAUUUAGUUCGCAGCACGUGUGACCUACGAGUAUGUACAGCAUGGUCCGUAAUGCUCAUCCCCUAGUUUGGCUGGCCGAACUGGAACACUUUAGUUUGGGCAGUAGAAACUUAAGUUGGGAAAGUAGUAACUUAAGUUGGUACAGAACGUUAGACCAAAGAAAAGUUCAUUUACAGAAAGUUUGCCGAGAAGAAUGGAUGAUCAAGACAUCAUUUAAUUUUUUUCUUUUGCUUCGAUGUUUAUUUAAAGUCGACUCAUGGCAAAAGUGUCUUGUUUUACCCGAACUCUGUGUAAAGUUGGGUGCACAAAUCAAGGAAAGCAGAAACAAAUAUAGACUUGCAACUGGCACAUGUUUGAGGAAAGUCAGUCAAACUUGAUGUAAGGGUUAAACCACAUUGAAGUGUAAAAUACUAAAAAAAAAAUGAUGUUCUGUUGACAAAGAUAUGUGUCAAAGACAACCUGUUUUUUUUUUUUGAGGAAAUGUGUUUGUUUUACUGUCCUAUUUGCAAAGGUUUUUGUUUUGUUUGUUGUGUUUAUGUUUGUCGGAUAACUGUACACCAAAUUCAAUAAAUUUUGCACAAAGAGGUUACUGAAUUCUAAUGCAAGUUAUUGUGAAACAAUUGUGUGUCCACUCCACAUUAUGAUUUCAAUUUUUGGUUGGCAUUAUAUUUCACUUAUGUUUGCAUUAAAGAUUGCUGAGCAUUUGUUUUUGCUUUAAAGUGUGUUUUUGAUUUAA